AUGAAAAGUUUGUUUACCAAGUACUUCAUCUGCGGACUUUUCAAAUAUCUUCAAAAGGGAGACGGGGGAAAGCUGGAACAACAGCUGAGCUUCCUGGGCAGAGACAUUGGACAGAGAAUAGCUCUUCUAACACGCUUCAAGAGAGAUAGGGAUCUGGACUCGCUUGUUUAUAGAAUCGUGUUCGUUUUGCUUCCUUGCUUGUACCCUGCAGACAGGGAAAUUGCAAAGGGCGAAGACCCAGCACUGCCAUUCUACAUUCAUGAAAGCAGCCCCGCAUUUGAGGACUUUGACUACCAGGAUCCCUCCUUUUGUGCAAGUGCGGUAGUUGCAGGUAUUAUCGAGAUGGUCCUAGAAAUUUCUGGAUUCGAGUUUCAAGUCUUGGCAUACAAUUGCCAAAAUGGAGAUGAAAAGAAAAAAGUAGUUUACACGAUUGGAAUAAAGACGUCUAGAAAUGCCUAA